GGGGUGUCUCACCGCAGAGGCCCGGCUGGGGCGCGAGGGGCGCCGCGUGAGGGUGGUGGGUGGGUUUGCGGGGCGGACGGAUCGCGUAGCUGACCACCCGGGUCCUUCGCGCAAUAGCCGGGCGCCUGCAGCCGCCCCGCACGCGUCUCCCGGCGGCCGGCGGCGCGCGUAAGGGCGGAGGUGGGGUGUGCGGGUGUGCGCGGGUCUGUGGCGUUCGGGGGGCCGGGAGCGAGCGUCGCCAGUCCCUGGGUAUUAUGCCCCGCCGUCUUCCACACCUUCCAUCCUCCCCUCCGCUUCCUUCUUAACCUCCCUCCAUCCCGCACCGCUGCGGUCGGGUACCGAGAGGGCCUCGGGAAGCAGGUGCGGGGUAGGGUGGGUGGGGGUGUGUGUGUGUGUGUGGCGCGCAGCGAGGUCCGUGCGGGAUUGCGCGAGACAAAGCGGACGCGGGGUCAGCCCGCCAUGGCCUCCCGGAGCUUGGGGGGCCUGAGUGGGAGCCGCGGCGGAAGCAAGAAGAGCCUCAGCGCCCGCAACGCUGCGGUGGAGCGCAGGAACCUCAUCACGGUGUGCAGGUUUUCUGUGAAGACCUUGAUUGAUCGGUCUUGCUUUGAGACGAUCGAUGAUUCUUCUCCGGAGUUUAACAACUUUGCAGCUAUCCUGGAGCAGAUUCUAAGCCACCGGCUAAAAGGUCAAGUCACUUGGUUUGGCUAUGAAAGUCCUCGGAGCUUCUGGGACUAUAUCAGAGUGGCUUGCCGCAAAGUCUCACAGAACUGCAUCUGCAGCAUUGAGAACAUGGAAAACGUCAGUUCAUCCAGAGCUAAGGGUAGAGCCUGGAUCAGAGUAGCCCUCAUGGAAAAGCAUUUAUCUGAAUACAUCUCUACAGCUCUGAGGGACUUCAAGACAACCAGGAGAUUUUAUGAAGAUGGAGCGAUUGUCUUGGGUGAGGAAGCAAAUAUGCUGGCUGGCAUGCUGCUGGGACUCAAUGCUAUUGAUUUCAGUUUCUGCCUAAAGGGAGAAGGAUUGGAUGGCAGCUUCCCCGCUGUAAUAGACUAUACACCGUAUUUGAAGUUUACCCAAAGCUCUGACAGCAUCAGCAGUGACGAGGAGGAGCUGAGGACGUUAGGAAGCAGCGGCAGUGAGAGCAGCACUCCAGAGAACGUGGGGCCUCCUUUCAUUACAGAUGACAACAGUUGGUUCAACAAAUGUAAGAGAGUUAAACAGAAGUACCAGCUCACCCUAGAACAGAAGGGUUAUCUUGAAGAACUUUUAAGACUUCGGGAGAACCAGCUGUCUGAAUCUGUCUCGCAGAAUAAAAUACUACUUCAGCGGAUUGAAGAUUCUGAUCUGGCCCAUAAAUUAGAAAAAGAACAGUUAGAAUAUAUAAUUGUGGAACUUCAAGAUCAGCUGACUGUGCUAAAGAAUAAUGAUUUAAGAUCAAGACGAGAGUUAACUGCCCACCUCACCAACCAGUGGCCUUCCCCAGGAGCUCUGGAUGCCAGUGCUGUUGCCUUGGAUACGUUGCUUUACCGAAAACACAAUAAACAGUGGAAAAGUUAUCAGAGUCUUGACCAGUUAUCAGCAGAAGUUAGCCUUUCUCAAAGUUCCCUUGGCCCAGGCCAGUCGCAAGAAGAUGGAAAACAAGAUACAAUAAACUUAAUCAAUGAAGGUAAAGAAGAUACUCCUUCAUUGCUUGGUCUCUGUGGGUCUCUAACAUCGGUAGCAAGUUACAAGUCUCUAACAAGUCUAAAAUCUAACGACUACCUUGCAAGUCCUACAACAGAGACGACAAGUCCAGGCUUGACUCCAUCCUGAAAAACUGAAUGUAAAGCCAAAGGUUUUUAUGUUGUAAAUGUUCAGUUUACAUAAGUUUAACUACUGGGGAGACCUUUGAAAUUUUAUAUUGUUCUGGUACAUGUUGGGAAAUCUCUUGUUUAAUCCAGUACAAGUACACGUGGAUGAAAAAUACAAUGAUCCUGCCGCUUGUAAUUUUAAAAGUAUAUUUGUCAUUGAGGAAGCUUAAAAAUGAGAAGGCUUUUAAAAAUUCUCAAAGUUCCUGCAAACCAAUUUCCAUGGAAACUGUAUAUAUUUGCUAUUUAGCUGAUUAUAUUUAAGUAUAUCUUAGUGACAAGAGAAUGAUUUUUUUAUUCCAGACACUUCAAAUAUUUUCUGUCGUUCAUUUUUCAGUAACUACAUUUUCAAAGACAUAAUUUAUUAACUUGGGUUUUAUUGUUAUUCUCUCCCUACGUCCUGAUGCUCCGGUGUCUUGUUUUCAGUGUCGGGGAAGGCGGUCAAGCUGCAGGCGCACAGUGGCUGAGCACUUUUUUUUUUUUAGCAAUGAUUGUUUAGCACCAGCUUAACAUUUCACUUGAUAUUUUAUAAAUUUUGUAGGAAUGUGCCUUUUUAGGCAGUUAACUAAUUUAUGUUGCUAGGAUCAUGGGGAGAAUAUUUUAUAUUGAGUGUAGGUAAAAUCAUAUAAACUUUUGUGUUUUCCUGAGAAUCUCUUAAAAGCUUAUCAGCUAUAAAAUAUGAUCAAGUAUAUCUCAAGUUAAAAACAUUUAAAAUUAGAACAUGCUAAAAAGGUAUAUCAGGAAAAAUUUCAAGUUUCAUUGAGGAUUUGAGACUUUUCAACAAAGAUCAAUGAGCAAUCACUGUACUUCACAGGAAACAUACAUCUGAUACGCAGUGUCUUCCUCUGAUGCAGGAAUGGCAUCAUGUAUGUGUCACAGCUUCUGUCAUUAAUCAUGCCAUAAACCCACUUAAAAACUGACUUUUAAAAUCCACACAUUUCUACAGAUGUUAAUUUUCAUAAAAAUAUGAUCUGCAUUUUAAGUAUUUUUGCAGUUACUGAAACAGCUACAUUUGUUCCUUAAGAUUGCACCACACUGAAAGUGUAUGAAGUAUAUUUUCUAUAGUGAGUAAUAUGAGAAAAACAUGAUUAGUUGUGCCAAAGAAGUUUUAUACAUUUUUUUCAUGAAAAGGUCACGGUUCUGAUUGGGGAUAUCAGUACUUCAUAGGGUAUUUUUGUUUAUGAAUAGAACUCCCAGGCUUAGUAGUUUUGACAUACAGAAUAAUAUUCCUCCUAAAACAAUGUAUUUUAUCGAGAAGCAGCAGGAGAACUGAGAAUACCACAAUCUUUCUUUGCAUCAGAAAUGUAGGAGAGUGGUAGUUCUCCACAAUAUUUAGAGCAGAGUCUCAUUUUUGGCAUUUACGAUAAACAUAGUGCUAAAGCCAAUCAUAUA